GGCAUGAGCCACCGCACCCAGCCCAAACCAGGAUCUUUUAUGAUGUAUGAUUUUGUAACUAGAACAGGUCAUCUUUGCUGCAUAGAGAGCUGGAGUUGACAGCACUGGUUACUUCUCAUUCUUUCUUGUUGACCACAAGGCUCUACAGUGGUAGAAUUGUUGGUGUUAAAUAAACUUUUAUUUUCCUCCUUCAGUCUAGUGUUGGAGAACUAGUCCUUUCUGUAUGUAUUGUGAUAAUAAUUGCAGCUAGGAAAUAAUGUACUUUUAAUUGGAAUGGCCAGAUGGAGCCAUGACUUUUUACAAAGACAUGAGUUUUUGCUUCUAAGUUCUACAUGGCAUGUUCUAAUUAUUGGGCAGUUUUUCAGCAUUCCUGACACCUUUUGGCUGUGAAUAGUGGCUUCCUUCAGGUACACAACAUCUUACCUGUUUUGCACUUUCCGAGUUGAAAUCCAUCUUUCCAGGGAAAAUUUCCUUAUCCCUUUUCUACUUUUGUUGUGUUACCAAAUGAACUAAUGGGAGCUUACUCAUUAUUUAACUUUACUUUUCUCACUUUAUCUUAUGCCUGCAGAUGGGAGAUAGAAUGGGAUUAGAUUGUAGAAUAAGAAAAUGGUUCACUGUCAUUUAGUCAUUAAUUCAUGCAUGCAUUCAUUCAUUUAUUAAGCAGCUGCUAUAUGUCCAAUACUGUUUCCAACAAGGUAAAUCUUUUCCUUCAAGGAGCUUUUGGUACCACAGGAGCUAGAUACAAGCAAAGUAGCAAAAUGCAGUUUGAUAAGAGCUAAAGUAGGAGUUUAGCACUGGGAGGCCCAGGAGCAUCAUAUAGAGUCCCCCACUCAGUCUUGAGAAUCAGAGAAGGCCCUGGAGCAGGUGACAGCUAAGAUAAAUCUUGGAGAAAAAAUAUAAGUCCAGUGAAGGGGUGGAAGGUAAGGGGAGAGUCCAAGCAGUGAGCAUUGUUGGUGCAAGAGUUCAGAGAAGAUAGUGAGGGAGGAGUCUUUCAGAGAACUGUUACUAUUUUAGUAUUGCAGGAGUGCAGAGUGCAGGGAGGAAUCUUGUGCAUAGUACAGUGUUGCUUUAAAAAGACAAACAAAUUAAACAAACAAAUAACCCAAACAAGUUAGAAUAUCCCAGAUAAGUUAUGUACUCUUGCAUCCACCACAGACCCCCAUCCCUUUCCAUUAUUCCACUCUAUCCUGAUUAAUUUUAUUACCCACCUGGCCUAUAUAGUCAUUUGUAUUUGGGUUCCCUACCUCUGAACCCAGACCAAAGAUCAAAUUCCAACUAUCUCAGUUACCAUGUCAGAUGUGAAAGGAAAGACCAGAUUUUUGAUGGAGCUGUGAAGACCAACGCAGUGAACAAUCCUACCCACCAGUAAAACUAGCCCCGGCCAGCCCAGCUGGGAAUUUACUGCCUGAGCUGUUUUCCAACAUAAGUUUUGCUGGCAAAACCAGACGUGAGUGUUCCCUCGACUCUCAAGGGAUCUGUUUACACUGACUUUAUUUUUACUGCCAGCUUUCGAGUUGGAAGAGGGAAAUUACGUUGAAAGGUCAGCAGGAUAAGGACGAGGAGAUAUAAGAUACUGAGUUCCACGGUGCAUCUAGUGUCGGGAUAGGAGCAUAAAAGAUGACAGAUGGAUUUUCACAACUUGGAAAUAAAAACAUGAGUGAAGGGUUCAGAAGGCAAGUCUCUGGUCCAUUACACACUUCCAGAAAAAUUUAGUACCCAGAGACUCACAUUACUGGGAGUGCUGUUUACUCACAAGUGUUGCACUCCAUUGAGGAAAAAAAAAAAAAACCAGGAAGUUGCUGUUCUACUCAGGACUCACCAAGAAGCCAUGAAAUCCCUUACUGUGGGAGGCUUAGAAGAUUGCCUACUGAAUAAGGUGGACUUGAGGCGCCAGCAGAUUUCCCAGGCUAUGGAGGAGGUGCAGAAAGUCGUUCAUCAUUUGACCACAAACAUCAGCAACCAAGACAUUAGAUUUCAAACUGUGCCUUACUCUGACACAUACAAUGAAAAUAUUAAGGUUUUGGCCCCCAGUCAGUUCCUUGUCACAGUCCCAAUAAAAGGCCUGGCUGGGUACAAGGAGGCCAGGGAGCAGCGCUGGCGGUACUACACCCUGCAGGGCACCAGGCUGCCCUGCCCGUUGCGGGACCCUGAGGGUCUGCAGCAGUGGCUGGAGGUGGAACAGUUUAUGAAGAGCCUGUGGCAGUGGCAUGAGACAGACGUGAACAUUGACGGAGACAUUGUGCCCGCUAAGGUCCUCCUGGUGUUCCGGAAGCUGGUGGAAAACGCAAUUAGAACCUGUCACCUCUCAGGUAAGGUCAGCAUGCUAGGAAACCGCUCUGCAGUUUGGAUUGCUGUGGAAACAUCUGCAUAUCAGGUGGAAUUGGAGCUGGCCCCCGCGGUGGAGAUCCCCACCACCUGGUCCGAGAAAGCCCGGUGGCCUCGAUGUCUGCAGCGCUGGCCUUCCCAAGAGAGAGUGGAGUGCAUCAAGUCGUUUGGGUUUAACUUGUUGCCCUGUUCAAAUUAUCACUGGCAGCUGAGCUUCCUCCGUGCUGAGCAGGUGUUGCUAGAACAGCUGGAUGAGGAUGGGGGCUGCCGUAGGAAGUGUUUUCAGGUCAUGAGGCAGCUGAAGGAGGACGUCUGGUGCCCAGGGAACAGGCCGGUCAUCACGUCCCACCAUCUGCAGACUGUGCUCUUUUGGACCUGCGAGAAAUAUCCCCACUUUAAAGACUGGAAGGUCUUCAGCAAAGCGUUUCUGCGCCUGGUGAGGAAAUUGCACAAGUGUGUGAGCCAGCACUUCCUGAAACACUAUUUCGUCCGGAACAGCAACCUCUUUCAGUGCACCAACCCGAUCGAACUGGACGCUGUGGCCCAAAAACUGGCCACCUUCCUGAAGAAGCCCCAGAUCAGCCCGCCCUGAUGGCUGCCCCAGCCUAGGAGGCUCUUGGACAUUUUUUUCUGGCUUAACCUUGUUCUUUGGAUGGUUCCUAAGUCAGGUGCCAGGAUCCUGCCUAGGAGAAAGGCCAUGAAUGGCAGCGGAAAUUACAUCAAACCAGUAACACUUCAGCAGGGAGGGAGGAAACUGUGCCCCAGGCUGUCUGGCCCAGGCCUCCCUGGAGCCCAGCAAGCAUUUCCACCCUAGCUACCUCUCCUGGAGAUGGCUCUCAUCAGGCUUCCUCAGGCACAGAUUUGGAACUGGUGACAGUUCUGAACUUAGUUUCCCUUGUUCAGGCUCUGAUCGCCUCACAGUGAAGAUGGAGACGGGACCCCUGGAAGACAUGAGCCUGCUGGCCAAUACUGUGCCCAGCCCACCGAUCAUGGGUGCAUUCUCCUGCCAUUUGUAAAAUGGGAAUGUUAACGUGCCUACCUCUGAGCAGGGCUGUGUGUCUAUGAGACUGUGCUGGCGCCUUUUCAAGGGGAAGACAUUGGAUCAACACAAAGUGUUCCUGGUUGGUUGAGCAGCUGGUGUUUGCAUCCUGGAUUGGUACCCACAGCACUGACGCAAAAUUGCACCUGUUGAGUUAGCGAGCCUAUGCUUCCUUGCUGCCCUCCAGCUUCCUUAGCAUGUGGGUCAGUGGCUCCUGAGGUUCUGUCUGCUUCUCUGGUAUUCUCUAAGCAGGGAGGGGAGUGGUUUUGAUGACAAGUUUAAGUCAAAGAUGAAAGCACAGCUGUUGGCCUGAUCCCAACCGCAGCCCUCUCUUUGCUUCCCAGGCUUCCGCCAUGGAUGGAACUUCCUUAUAUAUUUAUGUAAAUAACCUAGUACUAUGAUCUGCAUGGAGUGACCUUAGGUGUCUGUCACCACUCAUUGUGUUCCUUUGCUCACUUCAUUCACUCACUCACUCAUUGACAAAUAAUGCUCAUUAGGCACCGGGAACACAGCAAAGAGCAAAGUGGAUGAGGACCUCCCCCUGGGGAUGCCGCCUAAUGGUGGAGACAAGAAAUGAACAACGGAUAAACAUGCACAGUUAUUACAGAUGGAAGCAAAUGCUCCGAAGGAAAUAAACAGAAUGUUGAAGUAGAGUCCACAGAAAGGUCCCCAAAGGAUGAAAAUGCAAAUAGCUGAAGGGGAAGGAAAAGUGACCAAAGGCAGGCCUGGCAGAGCUGGCAUGAGUCAGAGCACCUGGCCUUGUAAAGCCAGGAAGGAAUCAGUAUUUUAUUCUAAGAUCAAAGGUGUGACAUUUGGCCUCUGCAGAAGCAGAGGAGUAUCACCAUCUGACUGCAUUUUAAACAAUUGUUCUGGUAACUGCAUGAAGAAGGUCUGGGGACUCACACGUGAGCCAGGAGCUCUUGAGCCACCCAUUUGGAAUUUCACAGAGGCCCACAAGGCAGCAUAUUCUGUGUAGCACAACUGAUCAGGAUUUCUAGGAGUUCUCGGUGAGAUCAAUGGUUUUUUUCUGGCGUUUACGUAAUGCUUCUCAACUCAAGGGGCUCCUUUAUUACUUUGGAAUGUUUUUGCCCAAAUAUCUAUACCAAAGAUAAAUUUCUAAAACAUGAGCUACUGGUUUUGUUUUGAUGAAAAUUCACAUUUGAAAAUAAAAAUGAUUAUUUUUCAAAAGUACUGUAACCAAAUGGUGGGGUCCCUAGGCUAUCGCAUAACAAAUAAUGAUUUUUAAAAUAUUGAAAACAAGUAUUUCCAAACCAACAAUGAGUUUACAAUUUUUGAAAACAUAAAGGCCUGGUGCAGUGGCUCAUGCCUGUAAUCCCAG